UCAUGAUCAAACACACACACACACACACACACACACACUGAAUGAGAGAGCAAGGCAGCUAGUUUCAGGUACAAUGUGUUGCGUCUCCAACACAUGAACGCGUCGCCUAACGAGUGCUCAGCGGAGAAUCUACCUUUCUUUCUUUUCCUGUCUGACGUUUUGGACUGUUUGGAGUGUACGGUUUGAUGAUUUAGCACUGAAGAGAUUCGCCACUUUUUAGAGGGGAAUACAUUCGACAAAACGCUGCGCUCGUCAUAAUCAACGUGAUAAAAAGGGAAUUUUUAAGCACGGACAUGAAGACUAAAAGAGGUAUGCUGGCUGUGUCUGGCAGUGAAACAGAAGAUGAAGACAGCAUGGACGUACCCCUGGACCUGUCGUCCAGCCGUGGAACUGCAGCCAAGAGGAAGAGAAGAGGCAACCUGCCGAAAGAAUCUGUACAGAUUCUCAGAGACUGGCUUUAUGAACACCGCUACAACGCCUACCCUUCAGAACAGGAGAAAGCCCUACUGUCCAAACAGACUCACCUCUCCACACUACAGGUGUGCAACUGGUUCAUAAAUGCUCGGCGGCGGCUCCUUCCAGAGAUGCUCCGGAAAGAUGGCAAGGACCCCAAUCAGUUCACCAUCUCUCGACGGGGCAGCAAGGGGGCAGAGGGUCUUAGCGAUGGCUCACAGUCACCCAAGCAUGGCCUGCUGCAUCAUGGAGACGGCUAUGAAGCCGACUCCCCGCAUGGUCCCGCUUCCAUCCCCGUCUCUAGCGGUUACCCCAAAAAGGCCCUGUCCCCUAAAACGUCCACCUCCCCUGCCUUACCCCGCCCCUCCGUCAUCUGCCACACCACAGUUACCACAGUCACCACAGCCACGCAGGGCAACCAAAAAGUGGAAGGGGUAACAGAGCUGGUGGCAGGUGACCUUUUUGGGUGCAGGGGGGGUAAUGUUAGCCCCCAGAGUGGCCUCUUUAACACCCCACCUCCUACCCCGCCUGACCUCACCCAAGACUUCAGCGGAUUUCAACUGCUUGUGGAUGUGGCCUUGAAAAGGGCUGCUGAAAUGGAGCUGCAGGCCAAGCAAGUUCUAGCCUGAAGACUUGGACAGACCUACAGAGGGGAUAAGGCACAAAGGAUGGAUGGACAAGUUUCAGACAGUUUUGUUCUUUGGCCCCCUGCCCCUCUGUGCAAAACUCUGUGGGGAAGUUCAGACAAAUGACUGAGCAACAGAAAGCAAGCAGCGAAACUUGGAGAAAAACAAAACAAAUAAUUGUCGUAAAGGCCUGAUCAUUUCUAUUUUUGGUAAAAAUGUAAAUCACACCAAUGUGGAUUUGUUGUGUAAAACCAUUUCAAGGUGCCUUGGCAUUCACUUAAUUUUUUUGUACUUCAUUUAUGUGUAUAAAAAUGUCUGUCUUCUUUUUUGCACACAGGGGACCAAAAAUGUAUAGACAAAAGAUGUCUUAAGUCUUUCCUAUUUUUGAAAGGAGAGGAUGAUGUCUUCUCUUCAGUUCCAGUUUUUCUUUCUAGUUGCACAGAGGUUUAGCUCUGCGAUCAUUUGGUUCUGCCUCGUUUUUAGAGAACGGCUCUGCAGUUGUUAAUUCUGCCUCAUUCUUUUUGCACAAUAUGGCAGGUCAUCUCAAGUAUCUUAUUCUCUCUUCUGUCUCUCUCUGUUUCUUCCACUCUUUUUCCUCAGAUGAACUUUAAUCACUACUGUUCCAGGUCAUACUGUGUUUCGUAGUAGUUAUGUUUUUUGUAUUGUUUGAUAAUGUAAAGGAAACUUAUUUUUGGAUGCUAUAUGUUUAGUAUGUUGUUGCUUUUUUCCAUUUGUCUUGAGGGAUAUUCAGAUGUAGCAAAUUUAACUAUAGUCUGAGAUUUCCUCAGAAACACUCAGUUUAGAAAUGGCCAGUGAAUGUGCCCCCCACCUCACGCACACAUACAUACCCAUACAAAUACCAACCGUCCCUUAAAGAAAUCUUAUUUCACAAAAGCUUCCCACCCUCCACAUACAUACACAACUCAGAUACUUAUGUUUGAGGAAUGAACACUACAAAGGUAAUAUGUAUGGAGUGUGCCAUGUUUUGUUGUUUUUAUCAUGUUAAAGAGACCACUUCCCAUGGAUGAAAAAAACGGUUUUACGUCACCGAAGAACAGAGGAAGACAGAGUUCCAAAAGGUUUGGGACCUUAGAUGCAUGCUUCUUAGUCAAUGUGACGUGAUGCCCAAUGAUGUGAGUCCUCUUUCAUACUGUGCAAUGUUUGUGGCAAAAUAGGGGUCACAUAGUCUUGAAAUAAAGUUUUGUUUUCUAAAACA